AGACGGGAAGAGAAUCCGGCAUAUCGGGGCAAGAGGUUGGAGGGAAUGAGGGUGAAGGGAUGGGCGUUGUCCGCGACAGCUCUAGCGGGGAGCCGACUUCUUCGGAGAAGAAGCGCGAGCGACAGAGGAUGGUGCGGGAGGAAGUGGCGGAAGAAAUCCGCCGCAUUGAAAGGAUGAAAGGACAUUCGGAGCCGAUGAUUGGCAGGGAUGGAGGUGACGUCAGAGAACGUGCCUCGGGAAAGAGGACGCCAGGGAUGUGUGGCGGACAAGAACAAGGAGUCGAAAAGAGGCUGUCGAAGGAAGUGGGUGCAGCGACAAGUAAGAAAGCGAGGAGGCCCGACGGUUUGACCAUCCGCGAUGGGAAAGCUAUGGGUGGAGGAGAUUCGGCUCAUCCGGGGGCUGCCACCGCGAGAGAACCUUCAAAGAAAUCCAAAAUAAAACUCGUAGCUGAAGAAGGUGAUGGCCAGAAGAAACCUCAGAGGAGGAAGACUGUUGAGGGGGCGAGCGGUAGCGAACGGGCUGUCGGUAGGCAGUUCAACGAAGCGGCAACGUUCGGGCUCGAGUACGAGCGGAACGAUGACGGUGAGAUAGUGGAGAAGGAGCUCCCCGUUCAACUGUUCAUCGACCCUAAGAAGGUCUACGACACCCCGCCAUGGGAAAGAUAUUACAACCGCCGCAGUCUCACCCGUGAUGGUGUGGAGGACAUCAAGGGUGCGAUGCUAAGGCAGUUCCACGAGGAAAAGGGGAAGAUCUCGACGAAGAACCCUUUGGUUCUGGCACCCAUCUACAAGUCAGUGAUGCAGGAGGCGGAGAGAGCUGAGAGGGUUCACAAAGAUGUCUUCAAGCCAGAGGACAGGGACAAGUACUUCUAUUACCCUGUCAACGGGCAAAACACCGUGGCUGUUGUGAAGGAGUUGGUCGGUGAACAAAUAUUCGAAUUGUGGAAGAUGCACUCGUGGCCGGCGAGAGUAGUCUGGUUCUCCGACGAAGACUUCGGGGUGUAUUUGCAGGGCUCACUGGACGAUGGCACGCAAAGCGACAACGCUCGUUUUAAGGAGCACGUCGCUGCCAUUGGCAAUGCGUUGAGGCAGUCGAUGUCGCUCGUGACGGCCGGUGAUGACGUUGUCCGCAAAGGCAUGGAGUUCUACGAGAAAUAUGCGGAGGGGAAGUUGUUGGGCGGCAACGGGAAAACGCCCUUGUCGAAGCCGGGCAAAUACAGGCCAGACAAAUCUCCGGGUCUUCAAGCAAUUCCGGAAAUGGGCACGAAAGGGGCGGUUGGUGAAACGAAGAUGGGGUGACUGGUCAAGGUCCCGCCGCCUCUGACCAAAAAGAAAACGCAAUCGAACGACAAAUUUUUCGUCGUAGUGAAGGAGCCGGACAUGUUCUUUUGGCAGUCUCUCACCGACAUGAUCGAUGCCGAAAAACUGUCAAUCCUCGACGACAUUCGCGCACUUAGGGGAGUGUUCGUGCAAUCGACAGGCGGGCAUCCGAAACGUCAACAUAAGCCUGGAAUUAAAGACAUGGUCGCGACGAGGAAAGUGGACCGCAUGAUGCUCCGCAUAUUUCAUUACAUCU